AUGUCAAUAGGGAUAGACGCUUCUGUCGACUUGUGUGCUUGUGAUAUCUUCCAAUGGUUAAUUAUUAUGAAUAUUAAAUUUGGAGAUCUGGAAACAGAUGAACGAUUCAAAAAACUGCAAGAAUUCCUGAAACUCACUGGACAGUCUGGACUGCGAAAGGAACAUAGCAAGAGUAUACACGAUAGAAAACCAUCGACUGCAAUAACUUGGCCGAGUAGUUCCAGUAUUAAUGUAGAUACUUUGGAUUCCAGCAUUGCAACACCAUUGCAACAAACUUCUUUGCUCAACAGCGAAGUCUUAGCUUCCAACAAGAAUUGCUCUCAAGAGUACAUCGACAAAAUUUUUGAGAUGUUGGAUUGUUCGGAUUAUGCAGUGUCUUACAGAACGGAACCGGAAUGUAAUAACGAUUCGAUGACCUCCACGAAUCACGAAACAUAUAAAUCAGAAAUAAUGUCAUUGCAAAAGAGUUUAGUUUGUGAUGACAACCCCGUGAACACUAAUAAGCUUCAAAACAAAUCAAUGGAAUUAAAAAGCUGCACAAUAGGACACUCCAUCGAUCCGGGAUACGGAAGCAUAAAAAAUGAUUCUGGUACUAUCCAGUUAUCGAAUUCAGCAAAUCUUAGACCGGGACACGACAACAAUUCAGACAAAUUGGAGAGCGAGAUUUAUGCGGGUAUACGCAAAAUAUCGAUUGAAUCAGUUUUAAAAGCUAGAGAAUCACCUGGAAAAAUAUAUAAACGUAAAGUGAAAAAGAAAACGACUUAUCCGGACACUCAGAAACAUGCGAUGAAUCUGAUGUACAAUACAAAAGAAAUUAAGUCUAGCCAUAUGGUAAUGAAUGAAGAAAAAAAAUUACUUCCAAAUGAAUCCUGCGUCAGUAUAACAGAAGAUGAAAUGGGAACAGUACACAACAUGAGGAAGUGUCACCAAACAAUACCUAUUAGUCCAAGAUCACAAAAAAUGACUUAUUCCAGUGGUCGAGAAAUAGAGAAAAAUUUUGAAGUGUAUGAGAAAGGCAAAUCUGUAAUGCAUGUGCAAAAUAAACAUCCAAUUAAUGCUUUUGACACACAAAGAGUUAAUUCGGAUGUUUUUAUAAAGGAGCAAAAGAUUCCAUAUAAAGUUCAAAACAAUGUACAUUCACAGUUUGUUUCAGAUGUUGAUACUAUCAAUUCUAAUGUCAACAUUGUAACCGUAAGUUCACGUACAGCAGGUAGAAAUGUAACAGCAUCACCAGCUAAGGUGAACCAAGACAUUAUGACCAUCAGCGAAAAUGAGUUUUUUAAAAAAUCCAACAUCUCUUCAAAAUUACAUAGAGAAUUUAUCGAACAAACGAAAAACGAUAUUGUGAUGAAAAAAUCCAAACCUACCAUAAUCAGUUCGGUACCGGUAAAUUUGAAGAUGAGAAUAAGUAGAAAAAACUUGAAUACAAAUACUGAGCAAUUGCCUUCCAAGAUAAUCAACAAUGACAAUAAACAGAAUAAAAAUAUUCGGCCAUCGGAAAACAUUAACAAGAACUUCAUGUCAAUUGCUUCAAAAUCUAUGGUUAAUGAUUCUCAUACGAAGACAAUUGACAAUAAAAGAGAGGUUUAUCCAAUAACAAAUAACGAUAAAUUGUAUGAUGUAAAUUCUACUAAUCUGACGACGAAUCCAACAACUGAGCAACCUAAAAGCAGCAAAGAACAGUGUGGAUUAAAAAAAAAUCCCAAAAGGUUGACUGCAUGGAUGCCAAAAGUAAUACGUUAUGCAAAAUCAAAAUCUGGAUUAGGUUUAACUUUUCAAGGAAAAUUAGUCAAUGAAGCUGGCCACGUUAUGCACAGAAAUUAUACGACAGGCAUUGUGCUGAAGCGAUUAUCAGCGACACUAGUCGAAUUAGUGAAUCAUGAAUUCUUUGAACUUCUUGGAAAUUUAAACGACAAUAAGCAUAUUAUUCCCAAGGAACUUGCAAAACAAUGUCGUUAUGGGUGUCCUUCGAUCGAGCAAUUUUGUCUGACUUGGAAAACGUUGCAGCAAGAUAAUAUUCAAGAAAUUAGUCAGAACUCUCAUGAUGCAACAGUGGACUCGCUAAAUGCACCUGUUAGUAAGAGGGGUCGUCAUAUUUUACCUCCAUUAUGUUACUGGACAGGUGAACGUAUAACGUUGAAACAUAACAAUCUAGUCUAUAGUCCGGGCAGUUCACAGAUAUCAUCGUUUCGUUCACAGAUUGAUAACUCAAGAGAAAUUCAAAGGAAUACUAAGGAUACUGAUAAAGAAACAAAUAAACAAAAUGGGACUUCUAAGAAUACAUCACAGAAGCAAAAUGUAAAUAAACAAAUAAUGCCUGAAUCAAAUACUUCAGAUAUAAACAAAAAUCAAACUCAAGAUCCUAAAACAUCAUAUAAGGUCAAUGCUACGAACAAUCCAAAGAGAUCUGAUAACUCGAGGAAAUCUGUCUAUCGUAAACGACGGAAGUUGAUGAGCUUUCCCGAUUCUUCCAGCGACGAAGAGGAGCAAAAAGCAUUUCAGCGAAAGUAUGAGCGCAAUUAUAAGACAAACAAAAAUGUAAAUUCAAAAUCACGAUAUACCAUGGUAUUAAGGGAGCGGCCAAAUGUGACAUAUAAUUAUUAUAAAAGUAUAUCGAAAUCAGAAGACACCCUAUCGGAGGACGAAGAAUCGGUUGUAUAAUCUCGGACGGUAAUUCCGUAUAAAUAUUAUGUUGCUGCGCGUAGCUUAGCGCCGAGAUACUACCACUGUCUCAAGAUUUUGUGCAUUGAUAACAAACACGCGAAAAUUUAAUUUAAAAAAAAAGUAUUUUUCUACAUAUUUAUCAUCAUAUAUGUA